AUGCCAACACUAAAAGAUCUCGUUUGCCAUGUACAAUGGGCAGACACUGGAUCCGCGUUCCCCGAAUAUGGGACGGUCUACGGAGAUGGUGUCGUCGAGACCUACAUUGCUAUUCCUAGCCAUCCCCAAGCGUUCACCAUUCGACUGACGUCCCGAAAAUUCAUUUACCGAGGGUUGGCGAUGGUGGUCUUUAUUGACGGAAACUACCAGUGCAAUCGUAACAGAGUCAACCUGCAGCCUGCAAAGGAUGAUGUGCCUGAGAUCAGAACAAACAUCGACUUCCUCGUGAGACAGAAAGAGAAACCCUUGGGUGAUGGAACGUACAUGGGUCGUGAAUGGCGCUUUGACGAUUGCAAUCUUGUCUCUCAACUUCCCGAGGGCGUCGACAAAGGCCACUUUGAUGAGCUGGGGACGAUCGAGAUCUUAGUUUUGCGAUGCAGCAGCAACAAGCUUGGAGAAAGCCAAUGCUCAACUACCUCUUCAGCUGAACACAGCGGGAUCAUGGAUGACGAUGAAGAAGCUAGAGAAGAACUCGAAGCGGGUGACUCCAGAAGUCAAUCGAAUACUGGGAAUCCUCCUGCUCAGGCUGAACCACCACAGGCUGAGGAACAGGAUGCGCUCGGUGGCUUGUUUGGCCUAUUCGAUGGACCUGCCGAUGGCUGGCCUUUCUUCGCUGCCAAUCCAGGAGAUGCUCCAUCAGAUGGUUAUUCUCGAUGGCAUUGGCAAGCACCCGUCGGUCACCAUGCCCCUUAUGGUCCACAUCAAAGACCACAGCAUUCGUCGGAUUAUCGUCCAGCUUCAGAACAUUAUGCAGAACCACGACGGGUCAGGUACGACUACCACGACUCUCCCCCCUCGUCUGCAUAUGCACGUCCACCAAACCCACGUCCACCGCCCGUAAGACCGGAGAGACAUGUUCACUUCGACUAUGGUGACAGGACAGGGUCCCAUCCCACAACCUACCAUACAAGAUAUGAUCACGAACCUUAUCAUAGUUGGGAGCGAGAUGAUCAAUAUGCAUACUCCCAACCCGGCCCAAGUCAUCACCGUCCGGAAUAUCACAGACAUCGCAACUCCUAUGAGGACUAUCGUGCUCCCCCUGAAGGUAGGCAUUACACGUACGACGCUGAACGAAAAGUCUAUAGCCAAUAUCCCGAUCUGCAUCAGAUCCACGGCAGCUCCCAGCCGCGUACCCCUCUGGCUAGUCACUCUACUCAACAUUCAUAUUAUCACCAACCCGCGGGGGUUAAUCAUGGUCCUUCCCAUGCAUACGGUCCUCCGACAUUUGCUGCUGCUCAAGCGAAUUUGCCGAACUCUGCUCCGUCAGUGACACCGUUUCCUCCUCUGCCCCCCAAGAUCCCGAUCCAGCCUACGAAUCUGCCUCCCAUUCAACCACAGCCUGUUCUACAUCCUAUUCCAUUUUGGGUUCCCCCACCAACAAUGCCCGUUCCACCCUUUCCCGCUGCGAUGCCGAUCUACCCACCGCCGAACAAUGCGCCCCUGUUUCAGACACAGAAAAUUGAUGCCAGCAAGGUCCCAAGUGUCCAAAAUGAGAGCACAUCAGGUCCAGGUGGAGUCCAAGAUCAACAGAAUGGGGAUAAUCAACAGCAACAAGGCGGUGACGAUGCCAAAAAUGCAGCGAACAAUAAUUCCAACACAGUUCCGUCUAGCUCUGCUCAAGAUCCUCCACAAAAUACAAACAAUAAUCAAAACAACGGCGACUGGAAACCUUCCGCCGAAAAUAACGCCACCGGUAACGGCAGUACGUGGGCAAAUGAAGGAGCAAAUGAAAGCUGGAGCAACAACAACAACAGCCAGAACCUGGACGACUCCGAAAACAACGGUGAUAAUACCCCCAAUUGGAAUAACGACACAAACGGCGACAACUCCGGUCAAGGUUUAGGGGACAAUACCACCAAUACUGGGAACGGUCAAGGUUGGGAUAACGAUAAUAAUCAUGACGCCGGAGGUGGCAGCUGGCAAAAUGAGCCAAUUCAGACCGACGGCGGAAAUCAACAAGGCAAUAACGGCGGUGGCUGGGGAAACGAGAAUGGAAACUGUGGAGUCGGCGAGAAUGGCCAAGCAAGCAAUGGAAGUAACAAUCAGGAUAUUGGCUCGACCUCGAACAAUAGGCCCGUACCGAGCGGGAACAUUUCGAACAGUCGAUCUCUGUACGGACCCCAUGGAGCGUACUACACCUCGAUAGCCAGUGCACAACAUGCCCCCCCUGCAGAAGCCGAAGAGGAGCCACGGUAUGAUGUCCCUCAAGCUGUUGCACAAUGCAUGGGAAUCACAAAACAGGUGCAGCCGGGUAAAGGCUACCUGUACAACAAAAAGAGAUGCGUUCCUCACUACAUUGACGAUCUGGACGAGCCGUACGCUAGGUUUGUCUUCAAGUACCGAACAAAGGAGCAACUCAAGGAUGAGAUCGGGGUCGAGAUCGCAGCUGAGCCCAGUCCGAACGAAGACGUCAACGCUCUCGAGAACUUGGACAAGGCAGAGUUGAUUCAGAUGGUGCUUCGAGCAAAGGGAGCUUUGGGUGGUUCAAUACCCAGUCCGCCGCCGAAAGUGACACCGCCUUCAGUGAGAAGUUUUGAGCAGGUUCCUGUCGAUCCUCCUGAUGUGGGCUUUCUCAGAUACAACUUGCCAAGCAUGCGCAACGUCUCCAAUACCACGGGCCUUGGAAUUCGAUUCUCCAAUGCUUCAAGUAAUCAGAGCAAUCCGGGGAAUGCCGACCCAAGCAACAACCACCACAACUGGAAUAAUGGCUCGAACAACGAUUGGCAAACCGGUAAUAACCAGCAAAACAGCGGUGGGAACAACGGUGGGACGCAAAAAUGGCAAGACAACAAUCAGCAGCAGGGUAACAACAGCGGAAACAGCCAGAACUGGGGGAGUGGCGGCAGCAACAAUAAUAACAAUGGCGGCAACAGCAAUGACAUCUGGAACAACGUCUCCGCAAGCAACAAGAACGGCUGGGACGGCCAACAAGAGAAGCAGCCGAAGGUGGCCUCGAACCCCUCGAGGAACUUCAGCGCGCAGGCAACCUCUCGCCGCGGUUCAGCGAUCAGCCCGAAGGGCCAGAGCUCCGCACGUUCACAAGGUCGAGGAGCGGGCAGCACCGCAGGGCCGCCGGGCGACAUUCUCGACUACGUGCUCAACAACCCCGAGGCCGCGGCGCGGAUGGGCAUUGCCGGACCUCCACCUCCACCGCCACUGGCGCCCCAAAUCGCCUGCACCGGCUCUGGCACAGUCGGGGGCGGUCAGACGAAUAUCGACAUGGGCUUCAGCGAGAGCGUGAGCGGCGCUGGUCCACGUCCGCCAACGCCCACGGAACCUCCGCCGCCGUGUAGCCCUCUCAGCGUGCAGGAUCAAGGAGCAUUCGGGGCCGCGGGCUGGGGAGCAGGAGGAGGAGAGAAUCCAAUGCAGCCGAGGAGUGGUUGGUGAAAGCGCAGCGGGCUGAAAAAAGGGCGAGAAAUGAAUAGCAAGCGGGCAGUGACGCAGAAGGGGGAAUGAGGCUUGUCUUUUUCAACAACGUUGGAUUCUUGAGCUCUUGUGAGUCAAGUCAACAACCCAUGUCUUCUAAAUUCUAGGUCCGAAGCGGU